UUUUGCAUGAGCUGUACACAGAGGAGGAGGUGGAGAGCAGAGCGCGCGAGGAGGCGGAGAACGCAUCAUUUCGAACUCAGCGUUCAGCUCUCGCGCAUUCUUUCACGGACUUCUGCGGAGAAAACACGGAGCGCACGAGAGAGUGAGAAAGAGAGAGAGUGAGAGAGAGACAGAGAGUGGGGAGGUUGAAAGAGUUCGGAUCUCUUUUUUUUUCUUCCUCGGGUGUUUGAUUUUUGUUUGUUUGUUUUGUUUUUCGUUAUACGGACAUGUCGUUCCCGCAACUGGGCUACCCGCAGUACCUUUACGGUGUUGGAGCGGCGGCUGACCGGCAGCUCCUCGCGCCGUCAUCGGUGUCUCCCGCGUCUCCACCUUCCGCCGCGUCCUCGCGAGGGGCCAACUGCGACGUGGCGGGGAGCGCGUGCGCCGUCACCUCGCUGCUCGCGGCAGGAGCCGGCGGCGCCGGUGGCGUGUACGCGCACCCGUACGGCUACGGCGCGUUCUUGCCGUACACCAGUGCCGCCGAGCUCGCGCUCUUCUCCCAAAUGGGUUCGCAAUAUGAUCUAAAGGACAGCCCCGGAGUCAGUUUUGCGGCCCACGCCUCCCCUGCUGCGUUCUACCCCUACGCCGGGUUCCAGUAUGGCGACGCAUCAAGGCCCAAGAACGCCACGCGUGAGAGCACCAGCACGCUGAAGGCCUGGCUGAACGAGCACCGGAAGAACCCGUAUCCCACCAAGGGCGAGAAGAUCAUGCUGGCCAUCAUCACCAAGAUGACACUCACGCAGGUGUCCACGUGGUUCGCCAAUGCCAGACGAAGACUCAAGAAGGAGAACAAAGUGACGUGGGGCGCGCGGCCCAAGAGCGAAGACGGCGAGGAUGGCAUCAUCUUUGGCAGCGACAACGAAGACAAGCGUGAGGACGAGGAGGAGAUUGACCUGGAGAGCAUCGACAUCGAUAAGAUCGACGAGAACGAUGGGGACCGCAGCAACGGCGAGGACGAGGAGGACGACGACGAAGACGAGGACGAGGAAAAGCGAGCACGCAAACUCCUGAAGGAGCGAGACGAUGCCCAGGAGCACAUGCACAUCAACAACGCUAAUGCUAACCUUAACAAAAACAUGCCCGUCAUGACAUCACCAGGGCUCCAGAUCCCCGUCAGCAGCAAACCCAAGAUCUGGUCACUAGCAGAAACAGCAACGAGACCGGAUGUGUCCAAAAACGCCACUGUCCAACACCCGGCCUUCCUCGGCAACCACAAACUGUACACCUGCCCCAUCAGCAAGAUCCACAGCUGGAACAACGGAGCUUUCCGCAGCCACAACUCGCUGCUCAGCGUCCGUUCGCUGGUAGGAGUAAAUCAGAACCAACUUCAUCAGCAGCAUCAUCAGCAUCAAACACAACAACAACAACAACAACAACAUCAACAACAUCAGCAACAAAGUGUACUGGAGAAGGACAAAAGCCCUGAGCAGCUCAGCCCCAAACACACAGAGCGGGGAGUCGAGUCGCCCACACACACCAUCACAAAGUCCUCGUUCAGACCUCUUCACGACGGUCCCAGGAAUCCUCAUCGAGUCCUCACCACCUGAUCGCCUCACAUAAAGACUCUAAAAUACAAAAGAAAUACUGAAAUAAAUACAUAUGGAUAUUGGAGUUUUGUAAAUAUAAUAUUAAUAUUAAUAAUAUUAAUAAGAAUAAUAGCGCUUAAAUUUAUCCCGGGAUAUUGGGUAGGUUUGACUUCCUCUCUCUGUGUUGGUGUUUUUAUUCAUUUUUAUGAUUUUUCCCUGUAUAAUUUUUUUUGUUUGUUUUUGUUUAUUUUUUUGGUUUUUUUUUUCUGUAAAUGCAGCGUCUCAAAUCUGUAAAUAGUGACUUG